GCACGCCAACGAUAAACCAAGCUCACGAAGUGGGCCGCAGAGCGUCGUCACCGCCAUGAUGGGAGCACCAAGGCCGAAAGUGAGCCAGGGCCUGCUCCAGGACUUCAUCCUCGAGAGCCUGCAAUUCAAGUCCAUGAACUACCGGGAGCAGGGCAUCGCCCAGGCCCAUGGGUCCUCGUUCGAGUGGAUCUUCAACGAGAGCAGCGUCGCGGGCCACUCGGCAGCGGCGGGCGGGAUGGAGAACCUGAGCUUUCCAAAGUGGCUCUCGACGUCUGAGCUGGGCAAUAUCUACUGGAUCACUGGCAAGCCUGGUUCGGGCAAAUCAACCCUCAUGCGAUACCUCUCCAUCCACGCAAACACGAUACGCUACCUCCGUACAUGGGCGGGCGACUCGGAGCUUAUGGUCGCAGGCUUCUAUUUCUGGACCAGCGGGUCUGAAGAGCAGCGAUCGCAGACUGGCCUCCUGCGGUCCCUGCUAUACCAACUGCUCUCCUCACAGCCCAGCCUGAUAGCCAAGGUGUUCCCAGAAAAGUGGCAGAAGCUGGGCGCGAUGACGACCAAGGAUAGGAUCGCGACCACGCUCGAAUGGACGACGCCUGAGCUAAUCGAGGCAUUCAGGUCGUUCCUCGACGCCGAGGUGGAACAGGCCGCCAAGAUCUGCCUCUUUGUGGAUGGGCUAGACGAGUUCGAUGGAGACCAUGAGACCAUCAUCCACUUCUUUCGCGAUGUGGCCGAGGGGAGGCAUGCGUCGCGGGUCAAGCUGUGCCUCUCGUCGCGACCCUGGGAGGUCUUUGAGCGCGCCUUCGAGUACAAGGUGCCCAACCUGAAACUGCAGGCCUCGACGUCCCAGGACAUGCUGCGCUACACUAUCGACAGGCUAAGCCAGAAUGACAAGGUGCGCCAGGUGAUGGUCCAGGACCCCGACCUCGCGAGACAUCUCGUUCAGACCACCGUCGAGAAGGCAAGUGGGGUCUUCCUCUGGGUGCGGCUGGCGGUGCGAGAACUCCUGCGCAGGUUCGACAAUGACGACAACGCCAGGGUGGCAGACAUGCGCGACUGUGUGCUUAGCCUGCCGACCGAUCUCGACGAGCUGUUUGAAGUGCUUGUGUUCAAGAACCAGUCGGAAGCCCAGCUGGCCGAGUCGUCGAGGCUGUUCCGGCUGGUCCGCGCCAGGGAGUUCGUCGCCGAUUUCAUCAAAGACGACUCGGCCACCUCCCUGUCGCUCUGGGAGCUUGCAUUUGCUCGCAACGGCGAGACAGAUGAUGCGCUCGUCCUUGAGGGGCGCUCUGUGCAGCAGGAAACCAAGGACGCCGUGACACAACGCUGUGUGGACACUCGCGACUGGGCCCUGCGCCGCUCAGUUGGUCUUCUUGACGUGCAGGCGCUGCCCAGAGGUGGGAAUGCCUUUGCUCGGCCGCGAUUCGCACAGGACAAGGAGGCGCCUGAGGCCGAGGAGUUCACACAACACCGGGUCACAUAUCUCCACCGAACUGUCCGCGACUGGCUCAUUCUCUCCGCCGAUAAUUGCGUCUGGACCCGGCUGGAGAGUGCAGACAAUGGGCAGGCGGCGGACCCGUUCGAUCCUCAUCUCCGCCUGCUUCGAUCGUACGUCCUCCAAAUGAAGCACCCUGUGGAGGAGCCCGAGCAGCACCGACGUCUGGACGAGUGGUAUCCCGGCAUUGCACUCGCCUUGUCGCACGCGCGUUAUGUUAUGCACGAUCCUGGGUGCUUGGAGACGAGAUUCAUCAACGAGCUGGAAAAAACCAUCUCGUGGUACUGGCGGUCGAAGGGCACGGGAUUCAACGACCACUGGGCCCGCAACUGUUUCGGCACGUACGAGGAGCGGCUGGGACGCAAGCUUGUGAUCCCCUAUCCCUUUUUGACUCUCUGCACCAAGUUUGGGCUGCAACGAUAUGUGCUCGAGUCGCUCGAUACACUGGCCGAACUCCCUCCUGAAUCCCACCUGGAGACGCAAAGUGAGACUGAGCCCGAUCCAAGGAUAGACCAAAUCGGCCAGGAUGGUGGUCAGGUGGAGGGAACUCCGUUGUUGCACCGAGCCCUAGAGUUCCUAUGCUCCCGGCAGAAGACCAUCUACCCUCUGUCCACUCUCUCCUUGGUGCGCGGGCUCCUAGAGUACUCGCACAAGUACCCGUCACACAAUCUUCUUACGCCGCUCAUCGGAAGUCCGAACCAGGCCUUCAGCUCGACGCUCCUCAAGAGGAAAGAUGUCACGCCUUGGAUCAUGGCCCUCCGGCACGUCAGAGAUGCUAAGCGGAGAGGGUGGAUUGAACCUUUUGAGACAGACCCGGCUGGCACCGAAAGGUGGACUUCGAUCUUGAGAUGUCUGUUGGUCACCGGAGGCGCAGACAGAGGAGCCAUCAUUAAGAAAGAUCAGUGGGAUCCCGAGGUCACUGCAGCAGGGGUGUUGGGACGCGGCGGUCUUCUCGAGUCGUUUGGGGACUUCUGGGUCGAGAACAAGUUGGUACCAAUGUUGACCGACGGGGCGUAGAAAGUCUUAGACGGACGGGUGAUGGUGUGUAGCAUUACAUACAAUAUAAACAUCACUCUUCAU